AUGGAAUUUAGCACAAUGUGGCGGAAACGCCAGGCCUGCAAGCGCUGCCGCCAGCUGAAAGUACGGUGUCAGUUUGCUAGCCCGGCAGCAACUGCGUGUGUCCGUUGUACAAAGUCCAAUAUCGAGUGCGAAUACCCGCAGCCUGAAGCUGGUAGCAAUGAAAUGGCUUCAAACGAACUAGAUGCACACAGCGCUCGCUUAUCGGGCAUAUACGACCCCAAUGUGCGUGCGACACUUGCUUCGGGCAAUAUGAAUGAUAAAGUGAAAAUGGCACAGCAAAUCAAGUACCUAGAAACACUGAUCAGGGACGCUCGGCGAGAGCUCGACGCAAUCACCCGAGCCGGAGCCACCCCGCUGACCCGAGCACUGGCCCUCGAGUUUUACACUUUGGACGAGGCCACCGAGUUCUACAAGAGUUUUCAGAAAUGUGCAGUCAAAUACCUGAAUGCGACAUUCAUCCCUGAAGAUAUGAACAAAUGCGAUAAAGACUACCCUUGGACCUGCAUGGCAAUGAUCACGAUCGGCGCCCUGAACAAGUCUACAGACAAGGCGCGAGAUCGAAUGGAAAUGUGUACCCCGAUGCUUGAGAUAGCAGUCGGUGGCGAUGCAAAAAUGUCCAAUGAAGACAUGCAGCUGGCAAUGUCGCUCAUGGCAACUUUCCUGCUCCAAUAUGGCGACCGGGGCAUUUCAAGACUCUACGGAGCCCACGCAGCGACCCAGCGAGUGCUGAACAUGGAAAAACUCGACCCGUCGCCCCCCUUUGGCAUUUAUAUUGGUGGAAGCAAUAUUAUUGCUUUGAGCAUGACCGCAAUGGGUCGAACGCUUCGUCCACUGGCCCAACAGUACGUCCAGUUGAUUCGGGGGGCCUGCGGCUGUGGCUGGAGCCAAGAAACCGAGCUGGCAAAAGCAUACAUGAUUACCAGGGUUUUCGAGGCUGCCAAGAUCCGCUUCCGUCGGGCGAACCACAUUUCAGAAGUCUACGCUGCGCAGGAAGAUGCCAUCCGGGAUCUCACCACGCUUGCGUCCAAUUGCAAAGACCCAGUGCCAGCGUUGAUCUCGGCCGCAAAAAUUAAAAUCGGAGUCAGUGCUUUGCUGCUGCUGCUCGUCAUGGAGCCCGACUCUGUUGACCGACAGAAAGUCGCCCGGGCGCUGGUCAACCACACUAUGAACGAAGCAUUUACGUUAUCUUCUAUCUUUUCUAUGCUCCCCGAAGAGCACCGGGACUAUUUACCAACUUAUGUUUACAUUCUUAUGGAAGACGUUGUCGUCUGCGUGACAAUUCUUCGCUACGCUACGUUCGCUCUGGGGCUAGACGUGGACGUCAACUCGGAUCUUAUUUUCUCAACCGUCGAGGACACUUGGAAAAACAUGGCCCUCAAGUCAUUCCUAGCCCGCCAGCUGUUUGUGUCUGUCAUCCAGGUCAAGGAAAUGAGCAGCAUCAAGAUCGGUGUCUUCAAUAAGGCCACCUCCAUGGUAGAAGGCCCUGGAGACCUCGAAGACUGGGCCAUCUACGCCCACACCCUCGGGAAAGAACACACCUGUAUCACGGUAAGCCGUGAACUCCUUCUGAAUAUACUUAUUGAAGAGACUCUGAAGACGCUGCGGGCACCAGAGUCCACGAUUUUGAUUGCACCUCGUCCGCCCGCUCACUAUAUGGCGCUGCCUCAUCUCACUGAAGAGAUGAUCGCCGACCGAGUUUCUCAGUUUUUGUUGUAUCUAUAG